AUGUUGUUUCAUAUCUAUCUAUCUAUCUAUCUAUCUAUCUAUCUAUCUAUCUAUUCGCGUUCUCAUAAUUUAUUAAGGAAUCGUUUGCUAAAUGAUUAUGAUCGAUCGACCUAUCUAUCUAUCUAUCUAUCUAUCUAUCUAUCUAUCUAUCUAUCCAAUUCAGUCCGUUCAUAUUUAUCUAUCUCAGAGUUUCCAUAUCUAUCUAUCUAUCUAUCCAAUUCAGUCUGUUCAUAUUUAUCUAUCUCAGAGUUUCCAUAUCUAUCUAUCUAUCUAUCUAUCUAUCUAUCUAUCUAUCUAUCUAUCUAUCUAUCUAUCUAUCCAAUUCAGUCUGUUCAUAUUUAUCUAUCUCAGAGUUUCCAUAUCUAUCUAUCUAUCUAUCUAUCUAUCUAUCUAUCUAUCUAUCCAAUUCAGUCUGUUCAUAUUUAUCUAUCUCAGAGUUUCCAUAUCUGUAUAUCUAUCUAUUACAUUCUGGUCAUAUCUUUCUUUCUAUUACAACAGGAGGUUUCUUCUUCUUCCACCUCCUCCUCCUCUUCCCCCUCCUUCUUUUCUUCUUAUUUUUCUCUCUCUUCCUCUUCUAGUUAUUUCUCUUCUUUUUCUUAUUUCUCUCUCUCUUCCUCUUCUUGUUAUUCCUCUUCUUCUUCUUUCUCUCUCUCUUUUCCUCUUCUUUUUAUUUCUCUUCUUCUUCUUCUUAUUUCUCUCUCUCUUACUCUUUUUGUUAUUCCUCCUCCUCCUCUUCUUCUUAUUUCUCUCUCUUCUUCUUCUUCUUCUUCUUCUUAUUUCUCUCUCUUCCUCUUCUUGUUAUUCCUCCUCCUCCUCUUCUUCUUAUUCUCUCUUUUCCUCUUCUUCUUCUUCUUAUUUCUCUCUUUUCCUCUUCUUCUUCUUUUUCUUCUUCUCUUUUCCAUUCUUUUGCGUAGCCAAAUUGAUAUUUUCUUGUCAAUGCUCGUUUUCUUGGUUGUCAGUGUGAAUUUUGCUUUUCCUCGUUCUUGUAGCAACCUACCCGACCACAGAAGUAAAUUUUCAAAGGUUUUCUGCCAGAACCACAUUGUUCUCAGAACUUUGGCAAGUUGA